AUGAUUUCUGUUAGAAAUAUUGCAAAAAAGAUUCGACAUCUAAGUUUGAGUUUUUUGCUUCGAUCCACUAACAUAUUUUUACACUGUAGUCUUGCACAUAGCUAUAUUCUUGAUCUCUCCCUAACUUCAAAAGAAUUUUCACCAUAUUAUUGGUCUGGACUCAUUUCCGAUCGUCCUAAUGUAAUUGAUGUGGCGUAUCAUAAUAAAUUAAAACCAAUUCUCGAUCAUUUGUUUGAACAAAAGUUUAAGGCUCCUGAGUACGAGGAAGGAUUCUCGUAUAAUAAAGAUGACUGGAAAAAAAUUAUAUGGUGGAUAGAAGGGCCGCAGGUCGAUUGUAAUCUUGGUGCAUUUGAAUCUGAACGAAACCCAUUAAUGCAACAAGAUUGUCAUGAGAGAGAAUUGUUGGGAGGCUACUUGAUUUCAAUUUUUCAUGGUGCUUUGGCACUUGAUGGUCGUUUUCGAGUAGUAUCGGGAGAAGUUGCAGUGCAAGUUUCUUUGAGAAGACGUAAUUCUGACAAAAAUAUUUUAGAAGAAACGGUAGAUCGUAGAUAUAUGGCAGAUAUGUUAUGCUCUACCGAUUCAUAUGUUUAUUGGUCUGUGAUUCAAAAAGGUGAAACGUGUUUGUGUACAAUAGAGAUGCAAGAGAAAAUUCGUAUUUAUUUAAUGGAAAAGCGUGAAGUUUAUCGCCUUCACCUUCUCAAAACGUUGGAUCUUUCAACUUAUCAUCUUUUGCGUAUUAAUUUGAUUUGGACUUGGAAUAUUCGGGGACUGUUAAAUGAUUUAUUGGAGAACCUGAUCAAUAAUGUAGAAAUUGGUUCAGUCACUCCUCAAAUGAUAUAG